CUUAUAUAAGAUAUGGAAUGACCCUAAUGUCUCAUCAAACUUGAAAAUGGCGAUAAAGAUGAAGUCUAGAUGUUUAUCACCGUUGUUCUUGCUGGUAACGUUAGUCAUAUGUGGAAACCAAUUAGUAGCCGUUGAAGCGACGACCGUGUCGAACGGGACGAUUCUGUGGGGACCGGGCUCGGUGGACGUCAACUACGUCCUGCAGACAGGGACACCGACUUACCCAUGGACUCUGUCAGCCUACGCUAGUCUUGCUCGUCAGUUUGCCUCGGCUCUUGUCAACACGGACAUCCUCUGGGAUAUCCUUGGGCAGCUCCUGAGGGAAGGUAUGGGGGCGAUCCCAAUUCAGAAGGUCAUCACCUAUGAGAUCCCGUUCAUCGUUGUUGGAGGAAUGAGUCUGUUGCUGGGCCUGUUGCUGCCCAUCACGGGGCUGAUCUUCUGCUGCUGCCGCUGCUGCUGUGGGCGCUGUGGUGGGCGGAGGAUGGACCCGGCUAAACUGUACAACCUACGUGGUCACCGUGGGCUAGUCAUGGCAGGGUGUCUGCUUCUGGUCAACCUUGUCAUGAUAACAGCAGCCCUGUGCAUGUACCCAGCCAACAGUAGGAUCUCCAGCUCGUUUGAAGUCACUGUGCAGACAGCAGACAACAUUGUAGAUGACCUUCUGACUUUCCUCAACAAGACAUUUCAGGAAGUUGACCUAUUUGUAGACCAGGAUGUUGGAGUUGUCUUGGAUGCGGUAUCAUCAGAUAUUUCAGGUGUUGGGACGCUGGCAGCUGGUCCUUUUAUCACAGCAAUGGAGUCCAGAAUAGACACCUUUGCCAACAGCCUUGCUACAGUAGACACAGAACUGGACAGUGCCCAUGCUUCCGUCAUCAGUCUAAACAACAGUCUAACAUUGAUGAAAGAGUUGUUCUCCACCCUGGAGGCUGGCAUCAACCAAGCAAAAGACAACCUGACAAGUAUCCGUACAGACUGUGAUGCAGAUGGUACACUGAGUGGACUGGGAGCGUGUGAUGGUAUUCCUGAUCUGUCCUCCCAGGCAGCCACACUGGCUGCACUGAAUUUUCCAAGCCUGUCUGAUGGAAUCAGCUCCUUAGAAACUGCACAGGGUCAUAAUCUGACCAGUAUGGAAGUCCUGGCAAGGGAUGCCUUGAACAGCAUCAGUGCUGAGAUUGAGAACAGUACAGAUAUUUCUGUGGACUUUUCUGUAAUGCACGAGCCCCUGAAGAACAUGGUGACCAACUUGACCAGUGGUGUUCAGGAGUUUUUGAAUGAGGACAAACUGAAGGACAUGUACAUGCAUCACGUGACCUAUGUAACAUCACUUCUGGAACAAUAUGAAGGGGCAAGGUAGGUCUUAGACAAACACUAAAUCUCUCAAUCAAACACUAAAAUUGUACCUUGAAGUGAAGACACAUUCAAUUUGUUGUUACAUAAUUACAAUCAGUAGCACAGAAACUUGUCAGAAAA